CCACACUCCGCAGCGGCGGCAGCGGCGGUAGCGGCGAGCGUUGCAAGGCACGGCUCAUCGGGGUUGCGAGGUCAGUCUCCGGCGAGACGGAAGCGCCGAGAUUCGCCGAUCUGAAGACCCAUAAACGACUCGCUGGUCCUCCCUCCUCCGAUCGCCACAACCGCCCCGUCCAACCCGCGCCGUCUCCCUCAAUGAAGCCGUAGGCGCCCGGCAAUGAUGAUGAAGAGAGCUCUGAGUGACGGCUUCGGCCGCGGCGCCCUGACGGGUACCCCAGCGGGCACCCCAACGGGAUCCCCAACGGGGACCCCAGCCGGGACGCUGAGCGCGGGGGGCGGCGUGGAGGCGCGGGUUCCCCAAGCGCAGCGACGCGAGUCGUGGUCCCAGCCCCCCGCGGAGGGGAUGAGGCCCCCCCCGGGCUACGUCGUCCACAGGAGCCCCCAGACCGGGAGAGUUCGAAAACCAGAGGAGGCGACGCACGGCUCAUCGAAAGGAAGCAACGGCUACGCGCUGCAGUGCGUCGCGAUUGCACGGCACCGCGCGGCGGCGGCAGCGGCGGCGGUGGCGGCACAGGGACCCCCGGCCCCUCGCCGGCUCGAACCGACCGUGCACGCCGCACCGGGGGGGUACCCAGCCACAGACGCCGGCUGCCGCCCCCACUUCCUCGGAAUGCACCAGGGGCCCCCCUCGGCGGUUCAUCCCGACGCCAGCAGAUCGCUUAUUUCCCACGAGUCCACCGCGUCCAUCGGCCCCGGCCUGGCCGACAGCCAAACCGCCGCUCUGAAGCAGGAGUGGCCACUGCCCGGCGGCUACGGCACCAUCUCCCCGUCGCCCGCCGGCGCCUGCGACGGCGACCAGAUGCACGGCCGCGGCAGCGAGCCGGCGCCCGCCCCUGGCGCCUGCCGCUACCCGUUCGGCGACCCGGCGACGGCGCGGGCCGGGCGCCUCGACCGGCACCGCAAGCGCGCGCCGCACUCCGCGCCGCACUCCGCGCCGCAAGCGUUCCCCGUCGACAUGGACAUCGACGCCGUCGCCCGCACCUCGCCCACGUCUCUCGCGGCGUACAUCGGCGCCGGCGCCCGGACCGCCCCCUCGUGCGUCUCGCUCCAGGCCGGCGUCUACGGGCAGCACCUGCGCGCCAGGGCGGGGGGCCCCUCGCCCCCCGGCGGCCAGUGCCACGCGGAGCUGGCCGGCCGCGCCGCCGAUCGCUCGUCGCUCGACGACGAGCGCCACUACUCGUGGGAGGCUGCGGUCGGCGCGGCGGCGCGGCGAGGGCGCUGCGCCGCCUUCAAGCAGGAGCCGCUGAGCAACGGCUACCCGGACGCCUGCCCGCUCACGCCGCCGCCGCCGUACGGCGCUCACCGCGGUCCCGCCGGCGCUUGCGCUCGCGCCGGCGGAGGGGACCCGGAGGCCGGCGCCCCCGGGGCCGAGGCGGCGGCGCCGCUGGAGCCGGACGAGGUGGAGUUCCGCUGCCGGUGGAUGGACUGCGCCGCGUCGCAGCACGAGAGGCGCGAAGAGCUGGUGCGGCACAUCGAGAGGGCCCACGUGGACCAGCGCAAGGGCAGCGACGACUUCACCUGCUUCUGGACCGGCUGCCCCAGGCGCUACCGGCCCUUCAACGCGCGCUACAAGCUGCUCAUACACAUGCGCGUCCACUCGGGGGAGAAGCCCAACAAGUGCACGUUCGAGGGCUGCAGCAAAGCGUUCUCCCGGCUGGAGAACCUCAAAAUCCACCUGCGGAGCCACACGGGCGAGCGGCCCUACCUGUGCCAGCAGCACGGCUGCCACAAGGCCUUCAGCAACUCCAGCGAUCGCGCCAAGCACCAGCGCACGCACUUCGACACGAAACCGUACGCCUGCCAGAUCCCGGGCUGCAGCAAGCGCUACACGGACCCCAGCUCCCUGCGCAAGCACGUCAAGGCGCACUCCGCCAAGGAGCAUCACACUCACAAAAAGCUGCGGUCUGUGCUGGGGGACGAGCAGGAGCCGCUGGGCGAGUGUCUGUCCGCGCAGGGGCUGCACCUGGGCAUGGCGACAUCGUCGGAGCGCUACGACGGAAGAGGGGUGGCACCGGGCGACUCGCACCACCUCAACCAGGGAAUGUUUGUGUCCAACAUGAGCUCGGCGGUCACGGUCACAGGCGUGCAUUCCGGGACACAGCCUCCAGCAGCAGUGCAGCAGCAACAGCAGCACCACCACAUGCAGCAGCAGCAGCACCCGCAGGUGUCGGCACUGCACCCUCGAGAUGAGCGGAGAGACAGGUUUGCCCCACCCACGCCGUCUCCCCACCACAUCAGCCCUGGUCGGGUACCAGCCGCUCCCCCGCAGAUGCACCGGCGAACGCCCCAUCAGGGCUUGCAGCCUCAGCAGCAACAGCAUCAGCACCAGCCCCUGCAGCACCACCAGCACCACCAGCAACAGCACCACCACCAGCCACAGCAGCAGCCUCAUCACCUGCCGCCCCUCGGUUCGCCCGACUUUACGGGCAUCUCGGCUGCAGGCCACACUCACAAGGGCUACGCCAACACAACGCCUCCGUGCCAUCCACCCAGCACCUCCUCACCGGUCACGUCCCACUUGCACGGUUACGGAGGCAACAUCUACUCGAUGUCGUCCACGCACGGCCUCGCCGAGUCGUUCCAGCGCGUGAGCCCGUGCAGCCUCUCCUACGACGAGCUGCCACCCGGUGGCCUCGCGGGAGAGUUCGAUGUCUUCCAGCGAACCCUGUCGGCCCACGCAGGCUACGAUCUCUCCUCUGGCAUGGCAGGGGUCUUCGCCGAAUCGGUGAGGUCAGGCGGGAUGGAAGAAAUGUCGAGCUUCCUGCACAUCACCGCCAUGGAUCGCUGUCCCAGCCAGAUGUCCUCCAUCUACACAGAGGGCUGAUGUCCUCCAUCUGCGCUAAUCCGCAGAGAGGAGACCACACCGCAUUUGUCGCCGUCGCUGCGCCAGAAGAAAACAACCGCUUGGGCCAAGAAGACCCGCCAUGCCCACGCGCCCCCCAAAGUUAAACCAAAGAUUGCGUAGGAACGCACACACGCACACACGCACGUACGCACACACACAUGCGCACACACGAAGGAAACAUCAUAUCAGUAGAGAACGUGGACGGGACUUCACUAUGAAUUCCGACUGCGCGAGUGAGUUCUGUGAGUCAGCAGCCUGACUGGACGAGGGUGAUGGGUAAGCCAGGGCACACAAAAAAUAUAUAUUGUGGCGCUCACUGAGAUGUGGGCACGGACACAUUGGAGACGUCCGUGUCCUAAUGCGACAGACCUUCAAGGGGUCCGACGUGCACCACAAUUCCCAGGCACGUUUUUUUUGCAAUGUGUCUCUCUGGUCUCCCUACAUUUAUAAAUAUAUUUUAAAAACCAAUAAUGUAUAACUCACAAUUUAUGUGUUCCUGGACAAUGCUAUUGGACGAUACAACACUUCUCUAUGGCUCCCCAGUCGCCCCAACAUUCAACAAAAUAAAAGUAACGUAGAGGUCUCGGUCGGACAACUCUAAAAUGCCUUCUGUAGUAUUGAGCUCCCGGAGAGCACAAAUAUAUAUAUAUACACACAGAGGUUCUGUUGGCGUCUUCAGCCAGACGCGCAGUGGGUGGAUUAGGUGAGGAUUGCAGCGCGCCCUACGAUCUCCGGCGGCGGUUGUUCCUCUUGCAGCAAGUCUGGCGCGGACAACUUCCCGCUACAAUGCUCGACCCAUCCUGGGCGACGUGGGCGCACUCCGGCCGAACGGUUUGACUCCAAUCCCGCGGCCCGAAAAACCAUAGUGGCAGAGGUGGGGGCGGUGAGAUGUGGCGGCGGUGGGAGCUGAGCGGUCGGUGGUGAGCAGUGAGAAGUGAGCGGUAAGAGAUGGGGAAGGGGUGGUGAGUGGUGAGCAGUGAGAGGUGGGUGGUGAGAGAUGGGGGGGGGCGGUGAGGCAGUGAACGGGACAUCUCAUCUAGGACGUGUGGUUUAUUACAGAAUUUGACAGAUGGACAGAGAGGUCCUUCCACACCGAGAGCUGGGAAUAACAAGCUCAGAUCACGGCCGCUACCCCGAGGGCUGACCACAGGUGCCGUGCCGAGACAACACCCCCCAUCACCCCCCAUCACCCCCCCCCCACCCCACCAACCCCCUCUUUAGAACUGCCUCAACACGGGGCAGUGGGAAUCGAUGCACGCAAUCGGCCCGCUGGGAGAGAGAGAGAGGGCGGCACCAGGCGAUUUUUCUCAGAUGGUUUCAAUUGUUCACCACUUGUGUAUUCAAUUAAAGCUCAUCCACUCUUGCCAGAUCUUAAUAAAUGCACGAAGAGAACUCAAUAUUGCAUUAUGUAUAUUAUACGCUUUUGAGGUUUUUGAUGUAGAUUGCGUAAUGGUGCCUUAAUUGCACUAUACAUUUCAGAAUCAACAUUGCAGUGUAUAAAUUAUUAUUAUUAUUUUAAACGUUUAGAUGAAUUCAAAACACAAUUUAUUGUAAUGGCGACUUUUAAGCUGUCUUGCCAAUGUAACUAAAUGAAGCAAUAUACGUUGAGGCCUGGCGCGCACGUUAAUCACAUGAUAGGGUGACAUUUGGUAGACCCAAUUUAAAUGGCAUAGAAGCCCUAUUAUUACGGACUCCAAUCCCACUCACAACAAGGCUUUUUUAUGCUUUGUAACGGUGGUCAAACACUGUUAAAUAAGGGUUCUCUGUAUGGAAACACCGCCCAAGAAGCACAGUAAUGAUGGUAAUACUAGCAAUAUUACAGGCUUUAGUCAACUACGUACUGUGCGAAAGAUCUUCAACAUAUGUACGUACAAGCCACUGCUGGUUAGAGACCUCCGCAGGCUGCCUCAGUCACGGGGAUGUUUUGAUUACGCUUCCCCACGCCGGUCAGUACAAAGGGCCGGCGAAGGGUUAAAGCCCAGGACCCGUCGAGAUUUAGUGGUGGCCGUGAUUCGAACGCCACGUGCCCGGUUCGUUGAGCGAGGCGCCAACCGCUGCACCGCCACUCCUCCCAGUAGCAAAGGUAAUCGAUGCCACGUAACAAACAAAAAAAAUCACCCUUAAACGAUACACAAACCUCGCACGGUACGACCCUAACUAAAGCACAGGCUGCACAUUUCAGCCGAGUAAGGUGGGUUGCCACUGAACUUGUUACGAAGAAACGUCAAAGUGCCUUUUCUGGUGUAAUGGAUAUUUGGCGGUGUUCGUCUGAGUCAAAGGCGAUUGUGGAACUCUGACAUUCCUAUUUAAAGCUUUCGUGACUGCAGGGAUUCAUCUUCUUGGUUCUUUCGGUAAAGUCACGUAGAAUGAAAAUAAUAAAAUAAUAAAAAUAAAACAUAAUAAAAUAAUUCUCACGA